UAUUUGCAAAAUCCAAAACUGAGAAAAAAAGUCAAGUCAAAAUCCUUGUUCUAAACAAAAUCCACUACAGAUUUAAAUUAAUGUAGAGGUGAAUCUAGCGUAACAUAAUGGAGGAUGAAAUUGAUGAAUGCAUAAGGAAAAAGAUACAAUGGCAGCAACUGCCUGGGAACUUAAAAAAGAUAUUAAAUGAGUCUCCGAAAGAAUAUGAACGAUAUAUACUAGAAUUCAGUAUAAAAAAUCAGCUGCGAUUUCGAGGAAGCCUAGUUCGAACGGUAAGGAAAGAUGAGAGGAAGUAUUAUGAAGCUUUGAUUCAGAACAGCAUACAGAGACUCAUGCUCUACCCAUAUCAUUUAGCAGACAUGAUUGUCAAAGGAUUAAGAAUAACUCCAUUCAUAUAUUAUAUUGAAGUGGUAGCGCUGUUGAUAGAACUUGAGAAGAGCUAUGACACUAUGCCUAAUUUUACGGCUGCCGACUGUCUACGACUUUUGGGCGUAGGUCGUAACGAAUAUCUAGAACUGGUGGCAAAAGCCCGAUCUCUGGGCCGACGCGGGCGGUCAAGAGCUAUACGCUCGCUUCUGCCGCGUGUUCCCUUGAACAUACCUAUGCAGACGUGGUGGCGGGUCGAACUGGGCUAUGUGCUGGAGGAAGAUGUAAAGCCUCUGAGCGAAAAAGAGAAGCAUCUUAUUGAUUUGCUGAUCGACCAGGGCUCUCAAACCGCUGGCACACUGGACUACCAUGUCGUCAAGAUAUUGUACAGGCGCGGUUUAAUUUACUUGGACGUGCCAAUAACAGCAGCUGAUAAGGUGUCAGUACCACCACUGAAAGGGUUUGUCAUGAACCGUAUCGCGGGGGACUAUUUCGAGACUUUACUGUACAAAGUGUUCGUUUCCAUCGACGAACAUACGAGCGUGGCCGAGCUGGCUACCGUGUUGCAGGUGGAGAGUGAACUGGUGAAGCAAGCGGUGUCGCUGUACUGUCGGCUGGGCUUCGCGAAGUGUCUGCAACCGCCUCCCGUGUCCCCACAACAUCCGUCAUGGCGGGACGCGCUCACCACACACUAUCAUCAACCGUACAGACAGAUUGCUCCGUUAACUUUUGACCCUAAUGUAGAAGAGGAUCUACAGAUGGACCCUGUACUUAUUAAAGACCUACCUUCAACCUCAAAACAGGAAUUGCCAGACGCACCAACCAGUAAUGCAGGACAACGGGUGGCUGUGUUAUUCGAUUCCACAUUAGCCGCAUACCUCAUGAUGGGAAAUUUGUCGCCUGACCUAAAAAGUCAUGCUGUGACGCUGUUCGAAGUGGGAAAGCUCUGUGACGAGAGUCUGGACAGUUUGCUCAUAGAAUUGGAUAAGGUGGUUGGCGAUUCAGAGAUCGAAGGCGAAGCGAGGAGAUAUCUAGCAGCCGCCGCGUGCCUCCGCGUGGCGCUGCGAACGCUGCGUCCAAAAUUACGACCACUGGACUUACUGCGCUGUGAAGCGCUGCAUGCGCUGGAUGCUCCCGCGCGGACUAGAUUGCUCACUACUAAGUACAGACUGGCCAUAUCCACUGCGCCGCUGAGCCGCGAGGCCCGAGCGGGUGCCGCCGCUGGGUCUUUGCCGCAUGUUGGCCCCGCCCCACCCGAAGCCUCAACCCCGUGGAUGCGGCUCUACCUUUACCAUCUUGCUGGUUACGGGCCCCCCACAUUGCUGCUUACUAAAGGCACAGUACUCCGCGGCGUACCACGGUCUCUGCUCGGUUUCUCCCGUCUUGCGGUGUCGUGGUGGGGGGCGGAGUCAGAGGCCACGGCACUCCCUGCGGUGGCGGCACUGGGUGCGGCUAACUCCGCCCUCCGCCGCGGCCCGGUGCUGAUCCAAGCAGCUGGGGUGCGGACCGCGCCUACAGUAGUACAUCUCUCCUUUCCGCCCACUGCUGAGAUACAUGAUGAGCUACAAAGCCUGUGGAGGAAACACACAGGACUACGUCGAUUGUUGCGUCGGUUGCGAUUGACGCGUUCGGCGGGAUACGUGACUCUUGCCGACAUUGGUGUUCCAGAUUUGGGCUGUGCCCACCCGCCUGUUGCAGUGCAACUCGUUGCAUCAAGAAAGAGAAAGGAUAUUUGCGGUAUGGCGAAACCUGUCAGCGAAAUUUCAAUUUCCUCCAACGACUCCUCCAAAGACACCACAGAGUAUACAAAAACUAUUAGCAACCUUCAAUCACCCAUAGAGUCUCACUUUGCGGUAACACCAACAACAGACAGCAAAACUGGGUCCCCAGCGAAUGGUUUCACGAGCAUCGAAAGUGGGAAGUUACUCUGUGAAGAGCUCGAUAAUCUGAAUAUGGAGACACAUCGGAGCAAAGAAUCGAUAGUUAGUGACGAUUUCGUACCAAUACAUUCCUCGACCAGUUUUGACGAUUUGAAAGAUAGCCGAAGACAUUCCAAAGAAAAUUCCAGUAGUAAAGAAUCGAUUUCCGACGAAUUAGUUCCUAUACAUUCGCCGACAACUGUCGGGAAAGAGAAAAUAAGUCUUAAUUCUGACGAACAGUUCUGUAAUGUUCUACGUCAGAAAGAGCAAGUUGAUUUAAAUUUGGAUGAGUUAGACAGAGAUAUGAAACUGGAACAGUUCAGUGAUAAGAAGAGGGAUAGGAAGUUGGAGCAGUUAAGUGAGUUGUUCAGUCCGGCGGAUGAGUCAAUAUCUAUGUUUACUCAGUUGUCAGACAAAUUGACGGAGAUUACGAAUGAAGAUAGUGGCUUUGAUACGGCUCAUAACAACUCCGAUGAAGAAACAUGUAAACCAGAGAAAUGGACCAUUCUAGAUCUCCAAUUUGGCAUUCCAUUGUUUGAUGAGGUGUUGUGUGAAAAAGUAUGCAGCAAUAUAGUGGACAGGAUAGCGAAACCUGAAUUGUUAGAUAAAGUGAGAGAAGAUAACGAGUUUAUAAGAACAGACGUUUUGAAAUUCGUUUCGCAGUGUCAGUAUUAUCCUGGAGAAGAAAUGGGGAUAGUCAAGCGUGGUACUUUAGUGCCAUUGCCAAGGAAAAAUCUAGUUUUCGAGAACGGGCGUAUAAGUGAGUGGAACGGAAAGUGAUAUGCUCUCGCACCCUGACAUUGGGAAUUUGGUUUUAUGGCCUUGCUACACAUUGGGCCAAUGUUUUCGCCAAUCUUGUACUACUGGUGUGUUCUGCUAAGUUGGUUACUGCAUUCGAGCUAAAAUGUUGGCCCAACGUGUAUUAGGACUUAUAAAAUUUUGCGACAUGGUUUUAACGAAACGGUUAGAAAUGCGAUCUUUAUCAUCACCGAUGGACAUAGGUGAUUUGUAGUGAAUUAUACACCCCAGUUUUGUACCCUAAGUCCAGGCGGUUUCCUGCGACAUCGCUGUCUGUCCACCAUUGUCAUACUAACUUGGUCUACCAACGGUUCGUCCAACGGUCCUACAAACUAAAAAAUAUCAUAUAAUAUAGAAAUAUCAUGAGAUUACAGUUUAUUAUACGUGUAACCUUUUUUUUUUUUUUUUGAAAGAAUGUUAUUGAUAUACCUAGUUAUUUGAAGGUAAUACUGCGGUCAAAUUAUAGUUAAAAAUACAGUGAAAAGAAAAAAAAACCCAGUUGCAGUGUAGCUAUAUAACAUAUCUAAUAAUCUGGCAAGAAAUAAUAGGUAAAUGAUGUUAUCCUUUUCACAACGAUCCAUAUGGAAUCAAAAAGCAAGGACUUCUCUGAUUAGUAAAGUGAUUUGUGUUCAAUGGAAUUAGUAUUAAUGACCCAGUGGCGGGUACAGGGUAUUCCACCUAGUCAUCAGCGUGCACUGAGUUGCUUACCAGGGUAUGCAUACAUCAGGAAAAUUGCAUAAAACGGCAAAAAUCCUCUUAUACCAGUUAUAUAUAAAUUUUAGGCUUAUAUAUUCAACCUAAACUUUGUGACACAGCAAAAAUCAUUGCAUUUGCAGAAAGCAACUAAGCGUGAGAUUGAUAUGUCAUCGAGUGAUACUUUCAGAAAAAAAAAAGCCAAAAAAAAAAAAACUAUUUUAUAUAAUAACUCUUCUUAAUGUCUUUUGAACACCCUGGGUUCGCCACUAAUGCUGUCUUAUACAUAAUCCCGAUAAUGGUGAAUUCUUGUUCAUAAAUAGAUGUAAAAGUUUUUUUUAAAAUAGGUUGUUAUAUUUAAUUAUUAUGUAGUACAUUGACGCCGGUAGGGUAGUGCAAAGGGGUAUUUGAGCGACCCCGGGGGGUUUUGUCGUUCGGGAAUCUAAUAACAUUAUGUUUUAUAAAGAUUUGCGUAUGCUUCGUUCACCCUAAAUUCUAGUGCCUUUAAGGUUAAUCAAAUCAACAAACAACUAAAAUAUUUUUUCUAAGUUGAUAACUUUUUGGUUAGGGAGGCGAUUUUUGUAGAACGACAGAGGCUUUGUGCCGACCUUUUUACUUUCUAACGGAUACUAAAUAACCAAC